UCUGUGUGCAUCAGCAACCCUGCGCACUGUCAACCCAAUCAAAGCCAGAUUGAUUCCGCCGAGAACGAUUCGUUGUUGUCCCGCUUGAUCGAAACAGGAUCUCUUUGUCGCACUUGCCCACUCUCGCACAUCAGUUUUGAAACCUUCUCUUCCACACUCACCUCGCCUUGAACUUCAGAUACCCAUCUCAUCAUGGCCACCCGCAGGAUCAUCUCCCACGAGAAGACCAUCCUCGAGAAAGAUGACUCUAUCGGCUCGAGUCCGGCAGCAAAUGAGAAGUCCAACAUUGCGCCCGCUGUCCCUACGUCUGUCAUCAUGAAACUCCUUGCCUUCACCUUAGGCAUGAUCGUGAUUCCCAUCGGGUCAUACUACGUCACAGUAGACACUCUGUUCAGAGGCAACUCUACUUACGCCGGCGCUCUCGCGGCUAUCAUGGCGAACGUAGUUCUCAUUGGUUACAUAUUCGCCGCCAUGGCCGAGGACCAGUCGGAGCAGCAGGGGGGAGCAGCAGCAAAGGAAGGGAAGAAGGACCGGUAAAUAAGCUUAUACUCUUUCAUGCUUUGUUUCUCAACACAUGGUGCGCAAAGGGGGAGAAGCAACUUUGUAUAUGAGUAGGUAUGCCAUGCGCUCUCAAUAUGUAAUGAUUAGACGCUUCCG